UAUAAUGGAAACUUUAAUUUUCUCAGAAAGUUGAAGAAAUUUGAAAUUAGGAGAGCAGGAGAAAUUGGUGAUACUUCUUACUCAUAAAACAAGACCCCACUACAAAAUGACAAAGACGAAGACCUAAACUGUUUCCUCUUCACCAAGUCCAAGUCUACAGCUCCACACGCUUUAAAUAAACUCCCACAGUUAAAAGGACAAACCUUCACUGCUGAGAUUAAUCAUGGCGAUGAAUGCACCCACAUACCAUUUCUCCCAUUUCCAUCCAAACCACCCUCUAACCCAUUAUUCCGACGACCAAAAAUACACUUGCCACAUCUGCAACACCGUCGACUCCGGCCUCCGAUUCCGAUGCCAACCUUGCCAUGUCGACAUCCACAAGUUCUGCUCCAAUUCCCCCGAGGAAUUAUCCUCCUUUCUCCACUCCCACCCCCUUUCUCUGAUCCCCCCUAUGAACCAUCGCCAAUGCGAUAUCUGCCGUGAAUUCAUCAACGGCAUGUUCUACCGCUGCAACCACUGCGACUUCGAUGUCCACCCACUUUGCACCCAAUUCCCUGAGCAGCUCCGCCAUCUCAUCGACGGCCGCCAUAAACUCACCCUCCGCAAGCUCUCCUCUGGCCGAUGCUCCGUUUGCGAAACGGAUUGUUCUUCUUUCUGGGUUUAUGGCUGCGACGUUUGUCGAGUCAAUAUUCAUCCCAGAUGCAUUCUCAGGCCGUACGGUUCGUCGACGGGAAGCCGUGGGAUAUCUUAUUGGCAAGCGCCGCCGUGGACCACGGCUCAUCAACCGAAUGGUUAUGGUGGUGGUUACUUUGCUUACGGCGGAGGUCCGGCUAAUUUGGGAUAUCCGAAUAACCAUGUUGGUUAUUCUUAUGGAGGUAACUAUGGUGGACAACCACCGUCGCGGCCGAAUUGGGUACCAAUGUUGGGGGCUGGAAUGUUUGGUCUUGUUCAAAAUUUAACGGCAGGUGCUAUUAUUGAGUUUAUUUUCGGUUCUUUUGGUGCCUAAUUGUAAUUCUUCAUCCAAUGGCGUUUUAUUGUUCAUCGUCUUCUUAAGUUAAAAGAAAAAAGAAGAAGCAAUAUUUGCAUUUUA